AUGGAGCCAACCCGCGUGCCGGCGGAGCGCGUGGACAACAUCUUCUUCAAGAAGCUCGGCGUCGAAUUCCGCCUCGCGUCGGCCAAGGACGUGCAGGAUGCGAGCCGGCGCGACGAUGGACGGCCAGGAUCCGACGGCGAGGAUGAUAACGGCGGGUUCGGAGGGGACGGGCUGUCGCUGCCUCCCGGCGGGUCUCGCCUGGCCGUUUCCAACAAGUUCGGCGUCUCCGUGCUCGCCAGCGCUUGCGCUCCCAUUUUCUCACCUUCCCAUCCCUCACCACCGCAUCCCGCCCCGCCGAUUCGGCUUCGAGCGUUGGUCGUCGCAGGCUUCUACGCGGCGCACACGCGCGAUCUGCUCGUCGUCGCCAUGGGCUACAAACGCCGCGCCGAGGCGGGCGACACAUUCCUCGACGCGCCGCUCUAUGCCGGCGCUACAGCCGUGCGGCGAUACCGCCAGGACGGCAUCACGGCUGUAGCGCUGGCGGCGGACGAGCUCACGCUGGCGGUUGUAGCGGGCGCGCGCGUCGCGCUCUACAGCCUGCCGGCGCUGGUCGCGCCGUCUCCUGUGCUCAAAACAGACGAGGAGGCGCUGGUGGCGGAGGGGGCGGCGUGCAAGGCGGCGGAGGCGAGCGGCGCAGCAGCGCGCAUGGAGAGCCCCCCCGCGCCCCUGCACACUGUACACGUCGCGGAGGCCCUGCAGGCCGCGGGGCGGGGCGGAGAGGGGGAGGAGGGCGCGCGCUUGGCGGAGUGGGGGUGGAACCCGGAGGUGGCGGGGAGCUUUAUGAUGCGCACGGAGGGGGGGAUGGUGCUGGCAGGGCGCGUGGGGCAGGCGGGACUCAAGCUCGUUGCUGAUGGCGCAGCUGCUGGUAUGCAUUCCGCUGCUGCUCUCUGCUUUAGCCUCUCUCCCUUCCACCCGUCACCCCCUCCCCACCCUUUUUCCCAUCACGCCUCCCUCAGCCGCGUGGAGCCCCUGUGGCAUGUUCCUUCUGGCAGUGUGCUCCCCUGUGACGUGCCGGCCGCGUGGAGCCCGUGUGGCAUGUUCCUGGCGGUGUGCUCCGCCUCAGCGCGUCUCACCUUCCACUCCGACCUGCUGCUGCCGCUCUUCUCGCUCUCCCUUGAUCUUCCCCCCUUGGGCGAUUGCCCCACAUCGGCCCCGCCACGGUUGAGUGAGAGCACCCCUAACCCCGCCUACUUGUGUGUUCCGCCUCAGCGCGUCUCACCUUCCACUCCCACUGCUGCUGCUCUUCUCCCUCUCGCGCGACCUGUCCCCUCUGGGUGGCUGCCCCACCUCGGGUGGGUGCACCUUCGCAUGCCCAUCCCAUGUGCUGAUUUCUUCUCUCUCGCUGCGCUGCUGCUAGUCCUUCCUCGUUGCACAGUGACUUGGGUGUGCGUUGCCCUGCACAUGCCUGCCUCCUCCCGCCAUAAUGCUUGCUUGCUUGCACUGCCCUGCCUCCUACGCCUUCAUGCCAUGCCGUGUGCUCUGCGUGUGUGCCCUCCAUGUGUGCUGCGCUGCGCGUUGACAUCGGUGCGGUGGGUAGCACCCAACGCGCUGCUGGUGGAGGGGGAGGCGGAGGAUGAGGACUUUGGGGAGCCCACGCGCUCGCUCUUCUGCCUCUCCUCAUUACACGGCAACCUGCACGAGGUAUGCUCUCUGCUGCACGGCAACCUGCACGAGGUAUGCUCUCUGCUGCACGGCAACCUGCACGAGGUAUGCUCUCUGCUGCACGGCAACCUGCACGAGGUAUGCUCUCUGCUGCACGGCAACCUGCACGAGGUAUGCUCUCUGCUGCACGGCAACUUGCACGAGGUAUGCUCUCUGCUGCACGGCAACCUGCACGAGGUAUGCUCUCUGCUGCAUGGCAACCUGCACGAGGUAUGCUCUCUGCUGCACGGCAACCUGCAUGAGGUAUGCUCUCUGCUGCACGGCAACCUGCAUGAGGUGCGCCCUGCCCUCUGCACAGUGUGCCAAGACCGCUGCAUCUUUCCACUCCUUCCCUCGCCCUGCUGCUUGAAGCAUGUUCCUUCUGUGCUGGCCCAUCACCCCGCGCUCUCACCCCUUACCUCCCGUGCUGGCUCCACCCACCCCACCCCACCCACCCCGCCUGUGUGGGCCGGGCAGGAGGCGAGCAGCAAGCAGGUGCGCCAGCUGGAGGGGGCGUUUGCCGGCGUGGAGGACGUGCCAGGUGGCGGCAUGCUAUUGGCCACGCUGCAGCAGUGGUGCGUGCCGUGCCUCUCCUCCUCAACAGCCCACUGUUGCAUUGCAUGCCCUCCGUCCCCUUGCGCAUGCCCUCCGUCCCCUUGCGCAUGCCCUCCGUCCCCUUGCGCAUGCCCUCCGUCCCCUUGCGCAAGCCCUCCGCAGGUGGCGGUGGCGGUAUGUCAGCGCAGCAGGGACUACCAUGUCAACGUGCUCGGAUGGUUCCCCGCACCUUCCUCCUCUGCUGCGAGCAAGGAGGAGGAGGAGGAGCAGGAGGGCGGGGGGUGGGGCAACGCGCGGGUGUGUGAGAUUGCCAACGAUCGAUGGCUGGCGUGCAUUCAGAAGCAGGGUGAGGGGAUGGGUGAAGGGAAUAUUCAAUAUGGUGACGACAACCAGGUGGUGGGGGCAGGGCGGCAGGGAGCCCAUGGAUGGACACGCCCUUCACCUCAUGUGCAUCCUGCCCUCUACUUCCCGCCCUUCACCCCCUCGACGCCCCUCACCACAGAGAGCGGCGACGACAACCAGGUGGUGGGGGCAGCAAUGGACGUGUGCUCUGCAUGGGCCACAGUGAGCCCCAUGGACCCUCGGGACGACGACACCCACAUGGUGGUUGUGGUGGAAUGGAAGGCAUGCGAAUCGAAUACUCCACCCUUCAUUUUCCCCUCAGACUCCUCGCUCUCUCCUUGCUUGCCCGCACCUGUGUUCUCCCAGAGAGCGGGGACGACAACCAGGUGCCCUUCCCCUUUGACUCCUGUUCGGCCUCUCCAUCCACCUAACCUCCUUCCACAAUCUCUAAUCCCCAACCGCCCUUCCCCUGCCCAUCUGCUCCCUUUACCCCUCCCCUUCUCCCCCACGGCACCGGGGGUUGUGGCAGCCCAGGGGGGUGGGAAGAGGGAGGGGGAGGACGAGGAUGAGGACACGGCUAGCAGCCCGUCUCCGCCGCCCGGUGAUGCAGCUGGGGAAGGCGUGGGGGGAGCGGGGGGAGCGGGGGGGGUGGGGCAGGGGGCGGCAGCAGUGAAGGUGUCCCCCACAGGGGGAGCAGCAGCGUCCUCUCUCAAGCCAGGCGCCCCACAGCCCUUUCUGCAGCGCCUCAUGCAUCCCUCCCCCGCCGCUGCUGCCCCAGCUGCCGCUGCUGCCCCAGCUGCCGCUGUGGCCGCCUCUGCUGCUGCUGCUGCUGCUGCCUCUGCUGCCGCCCCUUCGUUCUCCCCACCUUCCUCCUCCCCUUCUCCUUUCUCCUCUGCAUUCCCUGCCUUUGGUUCUGCCCCUGCCUUUGGUUCGGCCCCGGCCUUUGGUUCAGGUUCGGCCCCUGCCUUUGGCUCUGGUUCGGCCCCUGCCUUUGGCUCUGCCCCUGCCUUUGGUUCUGCUCCUGCCUUUGGCUCUGCCCCUGCCUUUGGUUCUGCUCCUGCCUUUGGCGCUGCCUCCCCCUUCGGCACUGCCUCUUCUCCCUUUGCCCCCAAGUCCCCAACCCCAGCCUCCCCCUUCACCAUGCCAUCUGCAAAGCCUGCCGAACCUCCCACUGCUGCUGCUCCCUCUGCAGCCGCUGCAGCCUCUCCCCCCGCGUCCUCCCCAUUCCCCCUCGCCCCUGCGCCCUCCUCCACUCUCUUCGCCCCCUUCUCCCGCCCCCCUGACUCCUCCAAGCCCCUCUCCCCCUUCCCCUUCCCCUCCUCCACCUCCAAACCUGCCUCCCCCUUCCCCUUCCCCGCUGCCCCUGCUGCUAAAGAUUCCCCCCCAGCUGCCCCUUCCGCCUUCCCCCCAUUCGCGUCCCCCACCUCCGCAUCCCCCUUUCCCCCCCCCGCCUCCUCCUCCUCGCCGUUCGGCCCGUUCGGCUCUAAAAACGCUCCUCUGCAGGGCCUUCCUUUUAACGCAUCUGCUGCUGCUGCUGCCCCUGCUGCUGCCACUCGUGCUGGUAGUGCUGGUUCUGCUGCUGGUGCUGCUGCUGUGGCGGCAGCAGCAGGAGCGGCAGCAGCAGGGUCUCUGGCUGACAGGCGCCUGCCUGCUAAAGGAGCGUUUGUGGUGGGGAAGACAGGGAGGGAGGCAGAGGAGGAGGAAGAGGAAGAGGAGGGAGAAUACGAGGAAGGGGAGGAGGAGUAUGAGGGGGAGGAAGGAGAGGAAGAGUAUGAGGAAGGGGAGGAGGAGCAGGGGUAUGAGGAGGAAGAGGGGGAGGAGUAUGAGGAGUAUGAGGAGGAGGAAGAAGGGGAGGUGUAUGAACCAGAAGAGGCAGCGCGGCCAGCGAUUUCCAAGCCAGAAGCAGUCUUCCCACACCCCUCCACACUCCUCCCCACCGCUCUCUCCCCCGACCAGCGCCGCUCGUUGCUCCCCAAACGCUCUCCCGCGCAAUCCUCCCACCCAGCAGCAGCGGCAGCAGGCGGGGUGAUAGAGGCGCUGAUAGCAGCCAUGGGGGAGAUGAGGGGGAUGAGCGCGGAGGUGCAGGGGGCUGUGGAGGGGGGGGCGCUGGGGGAGCGGUUGAAGGAGGUGGAGGGGCGCGUGAGGGAGAUGGGGGGUGCUGUGAAAGGGUUUAAGAGCGGUGUGGAGGAGUUGAGAGGGGUGGUGGAGGAGCUGAGGGAUGGGAAUUUGAUGGGUGAGUGGGAAGGGAAGAUUGGGAGGAAGGGAUGCAGGCAGAGAGUGGGGGUGCUGGGGCAGAGGGGGUGUUGGAAGGAAUGGAGGGUUGUCUGGGCAUGCAUUCCAGUCCUACCUGUUCCUCCGACUCUGCCCCCCAUCCUCCCCCCCCUUUCCACCAGUGGAGGACAGGGUGGUGCGCGCGUCCCACUGGGUGCGCCUGCUCGCCUCCCCCUCACUCGCCUCGCUGCAUGCCGACCAGCCUCUGCGUCCUCUCAUCCCGUGUUCCUUCCUCAAGUCCGUCACCCCUUCUCCCCCUCCCCAUUCCUUCCAAACCAGCGGAGGACAGGGUGGUGUGGGCGUCCCACAGGGUGCGCCUGCUGGCCUCUCUCUCACUCGCCUCGCUGCACGCACACCAGCCGCUCACUGUGUCCCGCUCUGUUUCUCCCCUCUUCCUCACCAGCGGAGGACAGGGUGGUGCGGGCGUCCCACUGGGUGCGCCUGCUCUCCACCCCCUCCCUCGCCUCGCUGCAUGCUGACCAGCCACUGCCGCCAUCGCUGGAGCAGCAGCGCCAACGCGUGCUCACUCUUAGACAGGUGGGUGGGAAGAGGGCAGGUAGUGAGGGCUCACCCCACGCCCUGCAAUGGGUGCGCCUGCUCGCGUCCCCCUCACUCGCAUCGCUGCAUGCCGACCAGCCGCUGCCGCCAUCUCUGCAGCGGCAGCGCCGACGCCUACUCACUCUCAGCUCAGACAGGUGGGAGCAGCGCUGGCAGAGAGGGCUCACGCUGUGUCAGGAGGUGCUGGUGCGCCUGGCAGAGCUGCAACAGCCAGUCAACUCUUCAUUCUCCCUGCCCCCCCCACCACCCCCCCCGUCCCCCCUCCAGGAGGUGCGGGUACGACUGGCAGAGCUGCAGCAGAUGGCGCAGGAGGAGGAGGCACGGCGCCGGCAGGAGCAGAGGGAGCGGGAGCGACAGGAGAGAGAGCAGAGGGCCAGGGCUAGUCGGAGGGCGCACGGGGGAGUGUGGCAGGGGCAAGGUGUGGGGUACGGUGGGGGGUACGGGGCUGAGGAGGAGUUUUCAUCGCUCACCGAUCGGUUUGGUGGGCUCAACAUGGCCGCUGCUGCUGGUCGCCACGGUGCCUCUUUCCCUGCGCCCCUACGGUUGCUGCUGUUCCUCCUCCAGUCCACUCCAUCUCCGCAUCACCUCUUCAUCCAACUCUCAUGCCGUCUUCCGUUCCUCCUGUUCUUUAUUCUCUUCCUCUUCCCCUUCCUCAUGACUAUCCUUCCCCUAAUCUUUCCUCCCUCCAAUCAUCACCCUCCCUUCCCCUCUGCCCCUUCCCUGCAACUCCUCUGCAGCACUUCCCCGGUCUCCCCCUGGCCGCCCCUAGCGGCAACAGUGAACGCGCAGCUGGCAGUGGCCUCCCACCUGCUCCACCAGGCCGCCCUCCUGCGCUCCCGCCUCGCCCUCCCCCCGCUCCCCUCCCCUCCCCGCACCCGCCGCCGCGCCUCCCCCCGCGCCUCCCCCGGUUCCUCCCCCCACACACACCUUCCUGGCCUUCUGGAUGACACUGAAGGGCAGGGAACGGGUGGGGGGCGGGGAGGGGAGAGAGAGAAGCGCAAGGGCGGGUAUGGGGGGGUGGGGAUGCGGGGGAAAACGGGAUCCCGCCCCCUCCCGGGCCUCUCCUCUUUGGGCGGCCAUGCCCCCCUCCCUUCAGGCCGUGCGGAAGCACCCGCAGCAACAGCAGGAGCAGAACCAGCACGAGCGGCUGCCACGCGCUCACCUGCAGCACCCAGAAUGAAGCUGAGGCCGAAAGCCAGAGCUAACAGGGAUAUAGAGACACACACACCAGCUGCAGCUCCAUCCAAGCCCAUCUCCCCCACCCUAUCUGCUUCUGCGUCUGCCUCUCUCUCCCCUCCCGCUCGCUCUCCCUCCCCACCUGCCCGCACCGCAUCCCCUGCCCCUGCCGGCACCUCCCGCUCCCGCUCCCCUUCCCCCACCCCCGCUGCUGUCUCCUCUCCCUCCCCCUUCCCGCCUGCCUCGACUGCUGCAACUGCCGCUGCAGCUGGGAAGAAGCCAGCAGCAACAGCAGCAGGCGUGGCAAGGGGGGCAGGAGGAGCAGGAGGGGCAAGUGCUGCUGGUGCUGGCAGUGUGGCCAGUGCUGCUUCUCUCUUCUCGACGGCAUCCAAGCCCACCGUGUCCCCGUUCCCGUCCCUCUUCAGCCCCACACCCAUGUCCUCACAUACACAGCCAACAACAGCAGCAGCAACGGCAGCGGCAGCAACAGGAGGGGCAGCAUCAGCAGCCUCUACUCUCUCCGCUCCGUCCCUCUCAGCUGCCCCCAAGCCACCCUCCUCCUCUCCCUUUGGCUUUGCUUCCUCCUCACAAUCCACCUCCUCGUUCUCCUCUCCCUUCUCCUCCCCCUCCUCCCCGUCGCCCUUCACUGCACCAGCCACCAAGCCAUCCCCCUUCACCACCAGUGCAACCGCCUCCCCGUUCUCUUCCACUCCCUUCUCCACCUCCCCUUUCUCGUCCUCUCCCUCACCAUUCUCCUCCACCUCCCCAUUUUCUUCUGCCUCGCCGUUCUCCCAGGCCACCAACCCCUUCCAGCUCCCCAAACAGGCCCCCAAGCCACCCACUGCCACACCCCCUGCCACUGCUUCUACUGCUGCUGCCGCCACCAGUGCUGCCAGCACAGGCACAGCCGCAGCAGCAUCAGAAACCGCUGCCUCUGCUGCGGCCGCUGCUGCUAAGCCGAGUGCAAAUGCCACAACUGCAGCCCCCUCAGCAGCAUCUUCUGCUGCUGCAGCACCCUCCCCCACCCCGUCCUCUCCCCUGUCUGGCUUCUCCUCUGCUCUCCCUUCCUUCUCCUCCCCGUUCUCCUCCGCCCCUGCACCUGCCUCCCGCCCUCCGCUCUUCUCCACCACCACGCCACUCUUCUCCUCCAAGCCGCUCACCCCUCCUUCCACUACUGCUCCUGUCGCUGUCACCCCCACUUCUGCUUCUGCUGCUACUCCAUCCACCACCUUGUCAUCCACUUCAUCCCCAGCAGCCACCACACCACCAGCGGCAGUCACAGCUUCUGCUGCUGCCCCAGCCGCUGCCUUCCCAUCCUUCACCUCUCCCUUCGCCUCCCAGUCAUCUCCCUUUGCCCCCACCUCCCCCGCCCCUGCCUUGCCCACCGCCCCUCUCUCCACUCCCCCUGUCGCCUCCUCCCCCUUCCAGCCGCCCAGGUCCCCUUCCCCUCAGCCUGCGCCCAUGGCAGCAGGGGGAGAAGGGGGGGACGAUGAGGGGAUGGAGGAGGAGCAAGGAGCGGCCACGGCGCCACCCACCGCUGCUGCAGGCGCCUUUGCCUCGCUGGGCUUUGGCUCCUCUGCUCCCCGCCCUUCCACCACCCCCGCCAACCCCUUUGGAGGCUCUCCCUUCGGCGCCCCUGCCUUCGCCUCCCCCACCUCUGCCUCUGCCUUCUCGCCGGCCUCCCAGCCUGCCUUUGGCGCCAGCAGCACCUCUCCGAAUCUCUUUGCACCGGCCUCCUUCGCCCUCCCUGCCGCUUCAUCCUCCUCUCCUGCCUCCUCCUCCCCAUUCGGUGCUCCCUCUUCUCUCAGCACCCCCUCUCCAGCCGCCCCUCGCCCCUUUGGCUCAACUGCUGGUCCAUUUGCCUUCCCUGCCUCCCCCUCCUCCCCCUUCGGAGCUGCUGCUGCCCCUGCUGCUGCCCAGACCUCGCCCAGCUCAGGGUCAGGCUUCGCUCUGGGCGCGUUCGGGCAGACACGAAACAUAUCAGGUGCCCCUGCUUUUGGGGCUGCUGCCCAGUUAUCUGCGGCAGCACCAGCUGUGUCUCCAUUCGCUGGGUUGACGACAGGUGGCGGCUUUGCUGGUGCCGCCCAGGGAGGAGGAGGUUUUGGGGCGUUUGCCAACAAGCCUGCAGUGCUGGCCUCCCGCCCUUUCACGCCCGCCUCCCCUGCCUCUGCUGGCCCUCCUGGGCUCUUCGCCAUGCGCAAGUGA